UUGAAUUACGUACAUUAUGAGUAGCUAUAACCACGUUUUUUUCGUUCAAUACGAAUUCUUGUGUUUCAACAAAAACAGAAUUCAUCGCUAAAUUAAUCGACAUGGAUUUUAUCGAAUUUCAAGGUAGUAAUUGUCUCCGUCAAAGAAUUAUUCUUGCUACAUUAACAAGAAGAAAAAUAAUCAUCGAUCAGAUACGUGAUAGAAAUUCAUCCUCAUAUGGUGUGCAGAAAUAUGAAAUAAGCUUGCUGAAAUUAUUGGAAAAAAUUACCAAUGGUUCGUCGAUUCUGGUUGAUAAAAAUGGCACCCGAAUCACAUACAAACCUGGAAUACUAUACGGUGGCUCUGUGGAACAUUGGUGUUCUCUUGAACGAUCUAUUGGGUAUUAUCUGGAAGUUCUUAUACCUUUGGCACCGUAUUGUAAAACUCCUAUCGAAGCUCGAUUACAUGGAAUAACAAAUGAUACCAUUGAUCCAUCUGUCGAUGCUCUUCGACAUUCUUCAAUCCCAUUAUUGAGACAAUUUUUUGGCGUUUUCGAUGAAGAACAACUUGAAUUGAAAAUAAUUUCACGUGGCCUUAAACCGGGUGGUGGUGGAAUUGUUUCGUUCAAAUGUCCUGUUCGAAAAGUUUUAAAACCCGUUCAAUUAUUGAUGCCUGGAAAAGUUAAACGAAUUCGUGGCAUUGCAUUCGCAACAAGAGUAUCACCACAGAUAGCCAAUCGAAUGGUCGAUACAGCUAAAGGAAUGUUGUUGAAAUUCAUUACUGACAUUUAUAUUUAUACAGAUCAUCUUAAAGGAAAAAAUAGUGGUAAAUCUCCCGGUUUCGGAUUGUCUCUGGUUGCCGAAACAACUGAAGGAGUGUUCUAUGUGGGUGAAUCAAUGUCCAAACCUGCUGAAUCAAAUACAGGUGUAUCGAUUCCAGAAGAUGUUGCUAAAUUAGCCGUAUCAAAUCUUUUCAACGAUAUCUAUCGUGGUGGUACAAUCAAUACGAUCAACCAAGGAAUGGCCGCUAUAUUCAUGUCAUUCACCGAUCGUGAUCUGUCUAAAGUAAUAUUUGGACCAUUAAGUCCAUAUACUAUACAAUUGUUGAGACAUUUACAAACAUUUACAUCAUUAACAUUUAAAUUAGAAUCGGAAUCAUUGAAUAGAAAUGAUGAAGAUAAUCAAAACGAAACGAAUAUAAUGAUGAAAAUUGGAUCGAAAAAAAUUAUUGCCGCAUGUAUUGGUAUUGGUUUUAUGAAUAUAAACAAAACUGUUAAAUAAUUCUCACAUAUUUCUGUAAAAAAAUUUUCAUAAUUCAUUGUUUUCUUUUUUGAAAAUAAAAUCAAUUCACAUUUAUAU